AUGUCCCAACCACCUCCACCUCCGCCGCCGUCGCUCCCUCUGACAACAUCUUCUCGUCCUGCUCCAGAUAUGACCGAGACCCAGAAACUUCCCAUCUUUUCGCCCCCUGGCUUUCUCGACUACUCCCAUCGCCGACUGCCCCCGCUGGAGAUCCCGCCAGACGCUGUACCACCACGCCCGGAUCACCAGUUCCGCUCCCCCAUCAAUCAACUGCCCUCGAUCCAUGCUGGACUGCCCCCACGACACGACUACCCUCAGCCGUCCUCGUUACAUAGAGCAGCAGCCCCCGUCGAGAAGCUACUGCAGCACUCGAAUCCUUACACCCCACCUAGAUCAGACCCACCAUAUUCUCCCCAGCAAUAUGGUCCCCCCAUCUCACCACGUUCCGAGUUUGACAGCAGAGGGCCGCGAAGACUAACUGAACACCGGUAUCCGUACGAGGAGCCCCGCCACUAUCACCCCAACCAACCCCACAGCCAACACCACGAGCAGCCCUACUCAUCUCUCACUUCACCAGUAGAAGCCUCGCAGCAAAGAGCCUACCCUCCACUGCCCUCGCCUGGGUAUACCCCAAGCUAUGCAUCAAGUAGCACUCCAUUCCGCGGGUCCGUCGGUUCCCAUCAGCACUCACAAUCACAUCGCGGCUCUCUAGCGGCGCCAUUGGGAUCUAUUUCGUAUUCAGAGACCCCUGCGACAGCCCCUCCGCCCCAGAAACAGCAUCGAGCAAUUCCGUUGCCGGGUUCGAUACCACAGCCUGUGUACAACGAACAACUGAAUCUAAACUACGAGCUUCGUGUGCGACAACAACCCAUCGCUGCGCGAGCAUGUGGGUUCGGAGAACGCGACCGCAGGGUGAUUGACCCUCCGCCAAUCAUCCAGCUACUAGUAACGGAUCCGAAGACCGGUGCUGCUGAACAAGAAGAGCUUCGUUACUCGCUCAACGUGGUUCAUUGCACGCUCUGGAACGCAGAAGGGACGAACGAAGAGACGGCACUCAUACAGCCUGACCGACGAACAACGCGACGACUAAUGGGCCAGCUCGUAGCUUCUCCGUCUGUAGCAAAGGAUGAGCAUGACGCCGAGGGUUGCUUUUUCUGCUUUCCAGACCUCUCUUGCCGUACACAUGGCAAGUACCGACUCCGGUUCGUCCUCAUGCGCAUCGAUCCUAUGAACCUCCACGUGGGAGGGUUCUCGCCCAUACUCACCGAGGUCUUGAGCGAUGUCUUCACAGUCUACACAGCCAAAGACUUUCCGGGUAUGCGACCAAGCAGCGCGCUCACCCGGGCAUUGAAGUUACAAGGGUGCAAUAUCCAAGUGAAGAAGGGCAAUGAAAAGGCACUGGCACGCAAACGACUCACCGCGAGCCAAGAACACGACAAUACGGAAGAGGACGAGCUGAAGCGACGGCGCAGAGAAUGA